GGAGGGGGCGGGGCUGAGAGGGAGCGGAUUCGGGGAGGUCGCUGGCGCGAAGGCGAUAAAGCAGCGGCGUCCGGCCCGGGCUCGGAGGCCUAGUCGGUGCCCCUCCCCCCCGCCAUGCCGAACCGCAGGGGCGCGCGCAACGCCUAUUACUUCUUCGUGCGCGAGAAGCUGCCCGAGCUGCAGCGGCGCGGCCUGCCCGUGGCCCGCGUGCCCGACGCCAUCCCGCUCUGCUCGCGGGACUGGGCGUUGCUGACUGAGGAUGAAAAGGAGAAAUAUGCAGAGAUGGCUCGUAAAUGGAGAGCGGAGAACUCCACCCAGGCAUCACUGAAACAGCCUCCCAGUCAGAUUUCUCCGGUUCCUGCACCACUGCCCAUGCAGAUACAGAGAUGCACUUCUCUUCCAGAUGCCAUCAGUCUUUCUUGGAAGAACGAUCAGGCUGUGCUUGGGAACAUCUUCUACUUCCUGAACAUUUACAGUCAUGGAGAGCUGCCCUCUCCCUGUGAGCAGCGCUUCCUCCCUUGUGAGAUUGGCUGUGUCAAAUACUCAUUACAGGAUGGCAUAACAGCAGACUUCCACCGCUUUGUAGAUCCUGGAGAGGUGCCACGUGGCUUUCGGUUUCAUUGUCAAGCAGCAAGCGAUGCCACUCACAAGAUCCCCAUCUCUGGUUUUGAGCUCUCGAAUGCUGGUCACCCUGUUGUGUUACGUGAACUUUACUCAUUUGUUCGGCCAAACCGUGGCAGGUGGCCACCUGUGUACUGCAAGUCUGAUGACUGGUACAGAGUCAACUGGUGUCUGAAAUGGAUGGCUAAGGAAGCAGGCACUGAGAACCAGCUGGAGCUUCUCAGUGUGGAAAACCUGGUGGUGGAACUGUACCAGCGGAAACUUCGAAAGGAGCCUUCCAAGACCUGGGUGCGCAACCUGCUGGAUGUCUUCGUGUGGGAUUACUCCAGUAACACUAGGUGCAAAUGGCAUGAAGAGAAUGACAUCCUGUUCUGCGCUUUAGCAUCCUGCAAGAAAACCGCUUAUUGCAUCAGUAACACUCUGGCAAGCGUGUAUGGAGUCUCGCUCACAACAGCUCACCUACCUCUGCAAGACUAUGAUUCCAGCAACAAUAUAAAUCCCAAGGUGGUGGUACUGGAUGCUGGACGUUUCCAGAAGCUGAGGGCUCAGGAUCCUGGUUGUAAUCGAUACUUCAGUUCUCCAGUUGAGAAACAAGGUGCUGCCUCUUCUGCUGGUGAACAUCCCUCUGGAGUGAUGUCGUCAUGUAGAACAAGCACGCGAGGAAGAGGAAUCACUCGCUUGCUGGAGAGUGUCUCCAGACUUUCCAAGUCCUCCAGCAACUGAAAGCCCACCUGCCCUCCUAACCUUACCAGGAGAACUGCACUUCCUGCUCUUCCUUAUCCCCGUUGUAGUCCGGGACUUUACCAGAUUGCAGUUGCUUUGUCUGUCCCUGUAUGCAAAACCCUAAAAUACAUUCCCCUUCCCUUGACCCAAUGUAAUAGUUCCCUUAGAAUGAUGACAAACCUGUUGAGUGGAGGGGAAUUUUCUUUCAAUUAGAAGGAAAUCCUGGUUUUUAUCUAUAGAAGUACUUAUUUUGAAGGGAACUGGCAACUUCUUGCUCUCUUGACUAAAUGCAGUCUUUGGGCUUUUCUUUUGUUAGCUCACAGGAGGAGAAGUGCAAGAAAGAAGCUGGUGGUCAGUAACUGCAUGUUAAACAUUCUUUUGGUGGUUAAUAUAGCAUUAAACAUGUUUGAAUGGUUUAGUUCUUUAA